UGGAAUUCGGCUUUAGCAGCUUGUAUCCGACCCGACCCGGUUGUCCCAUUUCGCUGCAGAACCAUCGCCUUCUCCAACUCCUCAUCUCCCUUAUCCACAACAGCAUUCUUCCAUCUGCAGCAUUCCGCGGCUCGCCCGAUCAAUAAUCUCAGACUCAGUCCCAGACAUUCCCAUUAUCUGAAAGCUUCUUCAUCUGCAGCUGGAACUACAGAAUACUUGGAGGAACCUGCAACCAAUGUGAAAUUCCCGAAGUCCUUGAAAGUGCCAGGUUGCACAUCAAGCUCGCUAUCCUUGCUCGGAACU